AUGUGGACAAUAAAUUUAGUUUUUGUUUUAUUAUUUUGUCUGAAGCAGACAUCCGCAGCUUCAUGUCCACAAAGCUGUGAUUGUGUUUCCGAUCCAGCAUUGCCAUCAUCACAAUUAGUUAUUUGUAACUGGACAACUAAUACCCGCAAUGUUACAAUUGAUGUUGAGAAUGUUCGAAGCAUCCAGAUAACAUGCAAUAAUGAAAAUAAUAAUUCCAUUCCGGAUACCGUAUUUGCUCAACCAAGUAGCAUUCAGCAUUUAUCAAUUGAGGGAUGCGAUUUGAUGAAUCCAGUCAGAAUGUUUCAAGGCUUAUCCGACUUACGCUCUCUACGUCUAGAGAGAGUCAGCCAGAACGGUCGAUCAGUAUUGUCCUUAACUGACGGAAGUUUCGAGUCACUCAGCCGUUUGGAGAAAGUAAAGAUUGUUGGAAGUCGACUCCAGCGUUUACCAUCUGACUUCUUUUGUCAUCUGAAGAAUCUUCAGGUACUCAAUGUUUCCAGUAAUGCUUUGACAUCUCUGAAACAAGAAAAAGGUUGUGUAGCUAGUCAGCUUAUAAUUGCUGAUAUAUCUCAUAAUAACUUGAAUAAGAUUCAUGAAUAUUUACACACCUUCCCAAUGCUUCGACAGCUUUUCGUGUCGUACAACAAGCUGAUGACUCUGCCAACGUCUUCUUUCGAAUCCGUUGUUCAUUUGCAACUGCUAGAUAUGGAACAUAAUAUGCUGAGCACAAUAGAAGACUUGCCCGACUCACUAAUUCAUUUGAACAUCGCUCAAAAUCAGUUCAAACUACUACCAGAAGCUGUACGGGAACUCCCUUUGUUGGUUUCCUUGAAUGUAUCAAGAAAUAGUCUUAGUGAUUCUGUUGCUGAAAAUCCUCAUGUUUCACCUAUCUUGGAAUCGGUCGAUAUGAGUCACAAUGACUUGAGGAAUAUUCCGGUGUAUUUCUUCGUCAACUCAAUGUCGAGCUUGAACCAUCUCCAUUUGGAGUUCAAUAGGAUCGAUCAAAUACCUCCCACGGCAUUAGUGAACUGUUCAUCUCUCUUAACGUUGAAUCUCGCGAAUAACGACCUCCGCGUACUGAAGGAUGACAUAUUCUCUGGUCUGCAGAAGCUUAACAGUCUGCAUUUGCAAGGAAAUGCCCUAGAUACGAUUGAACAAUCCGUUUUUGUAGACUUGAGCAUUGAUGAAUUGAAUUUGUCAGGCAAUCGUUUUACCGAAGCUCCUCAUGCUUUAGGAAGGCUCUACCGUUUGAAGAAGUUAGACUUGAGCUUGAACAAAAUCAGCAAGCUCUAUCAAUUUGUUUUCAACAAGAUUCCACAUCUUCAAGUUGUCAAUAUCAGUCAUAAUGAGCUCCAAUCUGUUGGCCCAUACGUGUUCUCCGACAGUGAACAUUUGGCGCAAUUGGAUUUGUCACACAAUCAGAUCUCUCUUAUUUUCCGGGACUCACUCUCCAAAUGCUCACAACUUCGCCGUCUUAAUCUGAGUCAUAACCGAUUGAACACCUACGAUGAUGCUUUCACUGUUAUCCCUUCCUUACGGCAUCUGGAUAUCUCUUUCAAUCGUUUAACUUCUCUGAUUUGGACAACGUUGCCCACUAAACUGGAACACCUUACUGCAUCAUACAAUUCUAUUCAACAAUUGAGCACAACUGAGGGAAAUAUCAACACAAAGUUGCAAGUUGUCAACCUCGCAGGCAAUCAACUGACUGACAUUUAUGGGGGAGCUCUACCACAGACCUUGGAAGAGCUCGAUGUUAGUAAUAAUCGUUUGGAAGAAAUCGCUGGUGGCAGCUUCAGCAGAUUAGCUCAACUUCGUCGUGUUGAUUUAUCCAAGAAUCGUCUGAAAGUUGUGAGCCGCGAUGCUGUUCAAGUUCUCGAUGGAGUUCAGACAGUUGAAAUCGAUCUCCAAUCAAAUCCACUCUUAUGUAGCUGCGAAAUGGAUUGGAUCAUUCCUGCUUCUCGCAACUCCGGAACUGUUUCCAAUUCAGUAAAGCGCCGUUUGUCCAUUCGUAAUCCAAAGAAUACGACAUGCCAACAUGUUUACCAGAAACGAAAGAUUCGUGUUCCUAAGCUCUCAGAGUCAGAUUUGCUUUGCGAUUAUGACCAGGUGUGCGAACCAGACUGUGUAUGUUGUGAAUAUGGAAAUUGCGAUUGCAAAGCAGUUUGUCCUGAUGGAUGUAAUUGCUUCAGAGAUGCAGUUUUUAAACGGAAUAUAAUUAGAUGUGAUGGAAAACAAGACAAGCCUUUCCAUCCAUCCGAGGUUCCUAUGUCAUCAACACAUGUGUACUUGACUGGAAUGAACUUAUCUGUCAUCGAUUCUCACACAUUCCUUGGAAGAAAACGAUUGGAGCAACUCCAUAUCAAUGGAUCGAAUGUUCAGCAAAUCAAUUCGAAAGCUUUUAAUACAUUACCAUCUCUGAAGCUUGUUGAUUUAUCGGAUAAUCAAAUAACUCAAAUAACAGGAGAGGAGUUUCAUAAAACAGCAGCAUUGUCUCAUCUGUUCCUGAACGGUAAUCGCCUCACAUCUAUUGAGAAGCCUUUAUUAGAGAAGCUACCUGCUCUGCAAUCACUAACAUUGCAUAAGAACCAAAUGAUAGACCUCUCUCCAGCCUUAAUGGCUUCGAAGGUACUCUCGGUCAGCCUGGGUCUCAAUCCAUUCCGAUGCGAUUGCUCCGAAAGGUUCACAGCUCCUCAUUGGAUUCAUGCCAAUCAAGGUCGUGUUGUUGACAUUGAUAGAGUUCUCUGUGUGGAAAAUGUCACAAAAGCUUUUGGAGACAAUGAUACAACAAUCUUGUCUGCUUUCCCACCCAACGAAGGACAUGAUAUCUACUCCAUGUCUAUGAUCGAGUUUUUCCGCGAUUUCAAUCGCACGAUCUGUGUUCCUAUCACUCAUGGAUUCUUCGGACAGGAGCCUCAAAAUUCUAUUCUGAUUUCCUUCUUAAUCGUUGGCUGCCUCAUCUUGUUAUGUGCCGUGCUUUUGGUCGUCUCGACUAUUCGUAAAACACAUUCGGCAAUUAAUCAGAGGAGAUACAAAGCUUCAUCUUCCUUAAACUGUUCAUCAACCGCUGGAAGUUCGCCUUUGCCGCAACCUCUUCUCAAUUAUGAUGCUUUUGUUUCUUACUCAAAGAGUGAUGAAAAGCUGGUUCUGGACAAAGUCUGCAGAAGGUUAGAAGAUGCUGAGUUUUCUUUACGUCUUCUACAUCGCGAUGGUCCUACCUAUAAUCAUCGUGUGCACUCCAUUAGUGAUGAAUUGAUUUCUCAAAUGGACGCGUCUCAAUCUCUCAUUCUUGUAUUAACCAGGAACUUCCUCGAGAACGAGUGGAAAACGCUGCAAAUCAAAACAUCUCAUCAGCUGUUCGCUAAAAAUCGCAACAAGAAGCUCAUUGCUGUAUUCAUCGAUGAUGACGUCGACCAAAAUCUUCUGGAUGAUGAGUUAGGACAGAUGCUCCGUAAAAAUACAUGCCUUCGUCUCUCUGAUCCACUUUUCUGGACUUUAUUACGGACUGCUUUACCUUCUCGAGUCUCGCCUCCUCCGUCGGACUCUUCUGAAGUCUAUUCUGAUUUGUACGGAAUUGUCCCUUCUGCAAUGGUUUAA